AAAUUUCAGUACCAAUUCAAGAUCAGUCGAACAUGGCUGAUGCAAAUCCAUUAUCCGCUAGUCUUUUUCUGUCUCGUAAGAUCAUCUGUUUGUUGUUUUUAUAGUACUUACCAGGUACUGAAUAAAUUUUGCAUUUCCAUGUAGUCGCGAAUUUAAUUAAUUUAUUUAAUUAAUUAGGAAUAUUGUUGCUGUUGAGUUACUGUGAUAUUUUUUUAAGAAAUCCUACCAUUGAUAAUUUAGCACCAUGUUUAUGGAAAAUAGAAAACUCGUGCCACCAGACGGAGGAUGGGGGUGGAUUGUGGUUAUUGGGGUUAGCGCGGUUAAUCUCUGUACAAGAUCAAUAGAGCAGUCGUUUGGCCUUCUUUUCGGCGAUCUACUCAAAGACCUUCAGGUCGAAACGACAGGAGCGGCCGUCAUCAUGAGCACGCUGGACGCCCUCAUCAACUUUUCGGGCUUAUUUGUAGGCCCCCUCAUCAGGGCCUUCUCCUACAGGAAAGUGUCGCUCGCCGGCUCCAUCUUGGUGGCCUCGGGACUCAUACUCACCAGCUGGGCCAACAGCAUGCCUCACAUCCUGGCAACUUACAGUAUUAUUAACGGUUUGGGGGUUGGUUUGACAGCUUCAGCAACAUUCGUGGCCCUUAACAACUACUUCGUGAAGAGACGAGGCCAGGCCAUAGGGUUCUCCUUGGCCGGGACAGCAUUCGGGAUGAUGCUGAUGCCACAAGCUGUCAGAUUGCUCCUAGACAUCUACGGAUUUAGAGGUGCCAUAUUAGUACUAGGAGGCUUCGCGUUGAACUCGCUGGUUGGUUCCAUGCUGCUACAACCGGCAAAAUGGCAUUACAUCCUUGAGGAGAAAAAUAUAGAGGAAGGAGAAUACAAACAGGAAAUGGAGACAAUAAAAGAAGAUGGCGAAGAUGACGAUGCAGAACUAGAAUCGAAUACCUUGAUUUCGAAUAAUUUAGGCGUGAGGACCUUCGAAGAACUGAAAGCUGGAGGAUUAACGAGAAAAUCCACUUUUCCAAGGAAUUUUUCCACCAUGAGCUUCGUGGGAAACAAGGGCAAACGCAGAUCAUCCAAGGAAUCGAUCGUGAGCAGUUAUUCUAGGCUGGAUUUCACUGGGUCCAGUAUACAACUUCAUAUUGAUAGCGCUGAUACACCAGAUUCCAUAGAACCAGCGCCCAGCUCAGCUCGCCUGCGCAGGAACCUCAGCUACCCAGGAGUCCAGUUCUCACCCCAGCAAAAAGUCCUCAAAGAACUCCAAAGGGAACACCUCAAAUUCAAGGAACAGCAGGAAAAAACCUUUUGGCAGAAAAUCGUGGAGUUCAUGGACUUCGACCUGCUCAAAGACCCGAUCUAUCUCAAUUUGGUUUUCGGCCUUUCUGUUUUUUAUGUUGCAGAGCAGAAUUUCAAGAUGGUCAUGCCGUUCUUCUUCCAGAGUAUCGGUUAUACCAAGCAGGAUGUUGCGUUGUUUUUGUCUGUGCAGGCUUUCACCGAUGUCCUGGCCAGGUUGAUUCUGCCUCCGAUUUGUGACAGGUUGUUGAUUUCAAAAAGGACGCUGUUUAUGAGUGGGAUAUUUGUUUUGGGUAUCUGCAGAUCAGUCCUAGCUCACCAAACUGAAUAUGUAUGGAUUUUGGUUUGGUUGGUGAUAGCUGGCUUCACCAGAGGAGCUGCGUUGAUCAACUUUGCUAUCACUAUAUCCGAGUAUGCUACUUUGGAAAAAUUACCUGCUGCUUUUGGACUUCAUAACGUUGGGAAAGGAUUGUUUGUGGUUAUCCUAGGACCUGUGUUAGGUAAAAUUCGAGAUAUUACCCAAAGCUACCCCAUCUGUCUCCAUUCCCAAACCCUUCUCAUCAUGACAUGUGUCAUAGCCUGGUCCAUCGAGUACUGCAUCAGAUACUGCAAAACGAGAACAUCAGAAUCAGAAAAAUCAGAUACAGACACGACGAACACAUGACAAACAGAUCUGGACUAAGGAAUUAGUGAUGGGCAUAUCGAUUUUUAAGGGAAAAUAUCGAUACGUCUCAGCACUAAAUAAAUUAGUCCUACCUUAUUUUUUUCCAAAAAGAUUUAUUAUAUAUUGUACUGUAUUUUUAGUAUUAUAUUUUUUUACUUAA